AUGAAGCUGAGGGGAGGAUCAAUGCUCGGGAAGAAACUGAUUCUGAAGAGCGACCACUUUCCUGGCUGCCAGAACAAACGAUUGUCUCUUCAAAUCGAUGGCGCUCCCAACUACCGUCACGCCGAAUCUUUACAUGUUCAUGGCGUUGCAAUUCCUACCAUGGAUGGGAUCCAGAAUGUUCUCAACCACAUUCAUGGAAAGGAGGCUCAAGUUCUUUGGAUGAACCUUCGCGAGGAGCCGGUAGUGUACAUUAACAGACCCCCUUUUGUAUUGCGUGAUGUGGAAAGGCCUUUCUCAAACCUGGAAUAUACGGUGUACAAGGAAUUACAAGUAGAAAGAUACCUUGUUGACUAUGAGCGUGUUCCUAUAACUAAUGAAAAAUCACCCAAGGAGUUGGAUUUUGAUAUUUUGGUUCAUAAAAUUUCUCAAGCUGAUAUAAAUACAAAUAUUAUAUUUAACUGUCAAAUGGGACGUGGGCGGACUACAACUGGGAUGAUCAGUGUUGUGGAGGAAGAAAUAUCUAAAAUACCAGACCAUUCUGCCAUUGUUUUGCCUAAUAAUCUCUUCCAUCACGUAUGUAUUCCAAGAUCUAAUUCAAUCGGAAGAGUUUCAGACGUUGUUGCUAUUGCCUCUGAAAACUUUCCAAACACAGAAGAAGCACUUCGUAGAGGAGAAUAUGGCGUCAUAAGAAGCCUGGUUCGGGUAUUAAAGGGUGGCCUUGAAGGCAAAAGGCAAGUAGAUAAAGUCAUCGACAAGUGUGCCUCCAUGCAGAACUUACGUGAGGCAAUUGCCACUUAUCGCAAUAGCAUUUUACGUCAACCAGAUGAAAUGAAAAGGGAGGCGUUGCUUUCAUUUUUUGUGAAUUUUGCUGACUGGAAGAGAGCGAGACCAGAACUCUAUAGCAUUCUUCGCAGACUGCUUAGGAGAGAUCCAAUGGGUGCACUUGGCUAUGCAAGUUUAAAGCCAUCCCUCAUGAAUAUUGUUGAAUCUACUGAUGGUCGUCCUUCUGAGAUGGGUAUAGUUGCUGCAUCAAGAAAUGGUGAGGUUUUAGGCAGCCAAACUGUUCUGAAAAGUGAUCACUGCCCAGGUUGUCAAAACCAAAACUUACCUGAAAGAGUGGAGGGUGCCCCUAAUUUUCGAGAAGUUCCUGGUUUUCCAGUUUAUGGAGUGGCAAAUCCAACUAUUGAUGGAAUACGAUCUGUGAUACAAAGAAUUGGUGGCUCAAAAAGUGGUCAUCCAGUUCUUUGGCACAAUAUGAGAGAGGAACCUGUUAUUUACAUAAAUGGAAAACCAUUUGUGCUCCGUGAGGUUGAAAGACCGUACAAACACAUGCUUGAAUACUCGGGCAUUGAUCGUGAAAGAGUGGAAAGAAUGGAAGCUCGACUGAAAGAAGAUAUCCUAAGAGAAGCUGAACAUUAUGGAGGUACCAUAAUGGUUAUUCAUGAAACAAAUGAUGGGCAAAUAUUUGAUGCUUGGGAACAUGUAAAUUUUGAUGCUAUUCAGACUCCGCUUGAGGUUUUUAAAUGCUUAGAGGCUGAUGGUUUUCCUAUUAAAUAUGCACGUGUUCCUAUAACUGAUGGUAAAGCUCCAAAAAGUUCAGACUUUGACAUGUUGGCAAUGAAUAUUGCUUCGUCGUCCAAGGAUACUGCUUUUGUUUUCAAUUGCCAGGUUGACAUUUUUCAUUCUUCCUAUGCUGUUGAUGUAGUUGUUGGUGGUGUGGAUACCUCUGCAACUGAGACAAAAGGAACAGUUCUAAUUCAUAGUGCUGACCAGCUUUUUCUUGCUGGACAGUUUUGGGCUUGCAAUUCUAUUCUUUCCCAUGAUAUUGAAAAUUAUGUGAAAACUGAAGAAGCUAAAGUUAAGGAGCUUAUAAAGGCAAUUGCUGAUUUCGGUGCCAAAGUAAUUGUUAGUGGAGCAGCAGUUGGGGAGAUGGCACUUCAUUUAUGUGAGCGCUACAAGCUUAUGGUUUUGAAAAUUAGUUCAAAAUUUGAAUUAAGACAAUUUUGCCGCACUACUGGUGCUGUUGCUAUGGUAAGUCAUCUAGCAUUUAAUAGUACUCAAUUUUUUUGA